CUCAUCAGAGUCCAUGGAUUAAAAUAAUCCGAUCCAGUGACUGUUGGUAUCACUUCUGCUCAGGUGAAGAUGAAGAUGGAGCUGACUGCUCGCUCCGCUGUUCUGCUGCUCCUUCUGCUUUCCAUAAUAGCUGUCCACACCCAGGAGGAAGAAGAGGUGGUUCAGCAGGAGGACGAGCUGCAGGAGGAGGAACUGCAGGAGGAAGAGCUGCAGGAAGAAGAGCUGCAGGUCGACGAGCAGCAGAUCAGCGAAUCCUGGACGAGAAAAGUUAAAACCUGCACUUGUGACUGUGAAUCUGCAACUUCUACGCCUCUGGUUACAACUGCCAUCCCCACUACGCCACCACCCCCACCACCAACACCAGCCCAGACUCAGGGGUUCUCACUCACCUGCAUGCCAGAGUGUCCAUACCACAGACCUCUCGGGUUUGAGGCGGGAUCCGUGACCUCUGACCAGAUCAUCUGCUCCAAUCAAGACCAGUAUUCUGGCUGGUACACGUCAUGGAUGCCCAACAAGGCCCGACUCAACAACCAAGGCUUCGGAUGUGCCUGGCUCUCAAAGUUCAACGACAUGUCCCAGUGGAUCCAGGUGGACCUGAAGGAGGUGUCCGUGGUGUCCGGCAUCUUGACGCAAGGACGCUGUGAUUCAGAUGAGUGGAUCACGAAGUACAGCAUCCAGUACCGCACAGUGGAGAACCUCAACUGGGUCUAUUACAAAGACCAGACCGGCAACAACAGGGUCUUCUAUGGGAAUGCAGACCGAACCUCUACGGUUCAGAACCUGCUGCGCCCGCCUAUCGUGGCCCGCUACAUCCGCCUGCUGCCUCUUGGAUGGCACACACGCAUCGCCUUGAGGUUGGAGCUGCUGAUGUGCAUGAGCAAGUGCACCUGAAACUGGCCAAAAUACCAACCCUAAUCCCGAACUCAAACAGUUGAAAUGUCCGAUACGUGUAGGCCAACUCGGGCAGAGCUACUUUUACAUACACCAGCGUAUCUGAAUAGGACAAAGUAGGAACAAACAGGUCGUGAUUGAGCUGAAAUAACUGCUUGCUUUUAUUGAAGAGUUACUGUCACAUAUGUAAACAUGAAUAGUCUAAAAACCGUUGAGCAUCCACUCAGCGGAGGGGUUUCGUUCUCAGUUGGAAAAAGCAGAUUGACAUGAGCUAUGCUACUAAAACACGUUUGGAGGGAAACACAUUUGUAUUAAUAUAAUACACAGUGUUCUAGAAGGAGAUGGACAUGAGUAUCGCGUGUGGUGCACACUGUUUUUAAACCCUAUGACUGACCCACCGAGGAAUUCUUCAGCACUGAUGGUGGUCAAAUCAGCUAAGUAUUGCAGAGCAACUUGACUCUUUAAAGUGCAGCAACGUCUAUGUCUCAUAACUGUAUCAGGCAGCAGAACCUUGGAAGUGAUUUUGUCACAUUUGUCCCUCUAAAUUUCUUAGUGGCCCAAAAUUGUGAAAUAAACACUAUAA